AUGGCCGAUACACAUUCCAUAAUUGAUUCGUUGAAUGAAAGAAUUUCUAAACUUGAAAAAUAUUGGAUAGAUACUGCUGUUGAACAAACUGAACUUAAAGUUAGAUUGCGAAAUUGGAACAGAAGCUGUUAUCUAAGAAAAAUCCGUAAAUUUCAGACUAAAUGCAUUCAGAUAGCUAAAGAAAUUCUUAAUGAGGAGCCAAUAAUUGAAUACCGUCCUUCUUUUCUGAAUGGGUUAGAACUUGAUGCCUUUUUUCAGAAAUACCAAAUUGUAUUGGAGGUACAGGGAUCUCAGCAUCGGCUCCAUAACACUAGCUGGUAUAAAGAUGUCAAAAAACUCGAAGAUAUUGUUAAUCGUGAUCGGAAAAAAAGAUGUCUAUGUCAACUUAAUGGUAUAUACCUUAUUGAAACAUGGUAUGAUGAGAAUCCAGAAGUUACUAUUCCUGAAAAGAUAUAUAAAUAUAGAGAAGAAAUAUUUAAUCUUUCAUAA